UCUCUGCUUGUGUUGCAACGGGUUGCAUAAAUAUAUAUAAUAUAUAUAUAUGGUUUUAGUCUAUAAAAACAACAUGUACUUGUCUUCUUCUCCACAUCGAAGAUGAGUGUUGCAAUGGACCACCUGGCCUCGUUCUUCUUGCUCUCAACUCUCUUCCUGCAUGUUGGAGCCACAAGCAAUGGCUCCGUGAUCAUAAAUGCUUACUGGAAGGAGGUCUUCCCCAGAACCACCAUGCCCGAUGCCAUUCGAGCUCUCUUACCAUCCUCUGCAAAGAUAUCAGAUCUUGUUCGUCGUGAUGUGAUCAACAAUCACCACCCCGUGGAAUCGAAAGAGGCUGGCCGUGCUUACUGUCCUUGGUGUAACACGUGGGGCGGAAUUGGGCGUGGCCAUGGCUCAAACACCUUCAAUCUAAGCGAUGACUGGUCUAAGCGCAAUCGGUCGCCGGAGCUCGCACCUCUGUACUUCCUUAGGAAAGACCUGCUGCCUGGUAGCAAGAUGAACGUCACCAUGACGAUCAGCCCCGUGGCAGAUCGUGGUGAACCAACCUUCUUGCCAUGCCAACAAGCUCAAGCAAUUCCCUUCUCAUCCUCUAAUCUCGCUACCAUCCUUGAGAUGUUCUCCAUUGAACCCCACUCUGAGCAUGCAUCUCUUGCAAGGGAAACUCUGGAUGAUUGUGAGACGCCGGCACUGAAAGGAGAACUCAAGUAUUGUGCAACAUCAUUGGAAUCCAUGAUCGAUUUUGCCGUCGCCGAAUUCGGUACCAAUGAGAUUCACGCGGCGGUCACUUCUGUCGUAAACAGAGACGAGGAAGUGAAGGCCAGAACUUACAAGGUAGGUGUUGGUGGGGGGAGGGUGAUGUCCCGUAAAGUGGUGACUUGCCACAACAUGAUGUUUCCUUAUGCAGUGUUUUACUGCCACAAUUUAGCAUGGACAAGGGCAUACAUGGUUCCGUUGGUUGCUGAAGAUGGUAGUCGAGUGAACGCCAUUGCUUUGUGUCAUUUUGAUACAUCAAACUGGAACCCCGGGCAUGCCAGCUUCCGGGUGUUGGGCGUGAAACCAGGAACUGUUCCCAUUUGCCACUUCAUUCUGAAGGAUCUUGCUUGGGUCCCCAACUGAUGGAUGAACACUUGUAUCAUGUAUGCUACCUCCACAUAGAGUUUAGUAUGCUAGUAGUAUCUCCCAGUGUUGAAGUAGAAUAAACAUGAGAUUGAUCAUGGUGUUGGAUUAA